UGACGGUCCCAGAAGAUAAGGAGGAGGCCCUGAAAAGGGGCCGGUUCUUUCUCAGCAGCCGACUGGGUGGGCUUAUGUAGGAGGAAGGGGAUCAGGGGCCAUCGGGUGGUGGUUAAAGGUUGUCUGAAGGUCCAUCUUCCAGUACCAGGAUGGCGGGGGUGAACGGAGACCGAAAAGGAAAGAAGGAUGAUAAUGGGAUUGGAACAGCUAUUGACUUCAUGCUUUCGAAUGCCAAGCUUGUGCUGGGGGUGGGAGGGGCAGCCAUGCUUGGCAUUGCAACACUAGCCGUCAAAAGAAUGUAUGAUCGUGCCAUAAGUGCUCCCACCAGCCCCACAAAGAUGGAGCAGACAGGAAAGAGAAGCUGGGAGGAGCCUGCCUGGAUGGGGUCAUCCCCGAGGGUUUUAAACCAUGACAUGAAGUCCACAGUUAGCAGGUCGCUGCAGUCUCUGCCCACUUCUUCACAUGCUUUUGAACCAGACUGUCUGCGAAGGGCUGUGGGUCGAGCUGCUGUGGGGAAAAGCGGUGCCACUCGGUCAGAUAUGAUGCGGGCCCGGAUGCGUCUGUCUUUGCAAGAACACCUGUGGGAAUUCUACCAAAAUAAUGUCAACAUCCCUGCUGAGGAGCAGGCCAUGGCCAGGAGGGCAGCGCUAGACAUCUGUGCUGAGCUCAGAGUGUUUCUUCAUGCCAAACUGCCUGACAUGCCGCUCAGAGAGAUGUACCUCAGUGGCAGUCUGUACGAUGACCUUCAGGUUGUAACAGCCGACCACGCCCAGCUCAUGGUGCCUCUUGUCUUGGAGAAGAAUCUGUGGUCGUCCAUCCCCGGAGAGGACACGAUCAUGAAUGUCCCAGGUUUCUGGCUUGUCCGUAGGGAGAAUUUGGAAUAUUUCCCUCGGAGUAGCAGCUAUUGGGACCGAUGCAUGGUCGGAGGUUAUCUCUCCCCGAAAUCAGUGCUUGAGGUCUUUGAGAAGCUUGUUGCAGGUUCUAUUAACUGGCCAGCUAUAGGGAGUGUCCUCGACUACAUCAUCCGUCCCGUGGUUCCCGCCGAAACGCUGACUCUGGAGGUACAGUACGAGACGGACAGGAAGCUGUAUGUGGACUUCUUGCCUUUGCUCGUGAUGGAGGAUGGAACCUCACUGAUUGCCAAACCGCACCGGUUUGCUGCAGAGCGCCACGAAAACCUGUGGCGACAGAGCUUCCGCGUGGCCGAGACCGCCCGGCUCAGGGCGCUAGAUCAGGAGGAUGGCGGCUGCCGAUGUACCUGCCUCAAAGUGGCAAAGGCUGUGUGCAAGCUCAACCCUGCCCUUCACAGGCUCAACUCCAGCCAGCUCACUAAUACCAUCCUGUUGCUCAGCGAAAAAGAAGGUGACUGGACCCAGGAAGCGCUGGCCGACCGCUUCCUUCAGCUGCUACGAGCGCUAGUGGGGCACUUGGAGGCUGGGAAGCUGCCGUGUGCCCUUAGCCCUAAAGUGAACUUGUUUUGUGAGCUGACUGAUCAAGAAGUGGAUGAGCUAGGGUAUACCCUCUACUGUGCACUGUCUGAUCCCGGGGGGCUGCUGAGAACUGCUGCAGCACAGCCACCACACCCCUGAAUGGUAACGCUGAGCUGUGAUGAGGUUGAGGGAAUAAAAACAUGUGCAUGGAAUAAUCCCCUCUUGUGCAACACAUGCUCUCUUGAUUAGUCAUGGCCUCCUCUACAUGCAGAGGCCCGUACACACAGUAGCAGUUACUCAAAUUUUGGGGAUAUGUUAACAUUAAAGGCGUAUCGUUGUGAUCCAAAUAUUAUUUUAAUCUCAGAGAACAGAGGGGUUUUUUGGUGCUGAUGGCUCUCACUAAGGCCAUUGUAUUAAUGAAGUUAAGAAUGGAUACACCAUUAUGGUCCAGUGUUGAGUUCCUGCAGAAGACUUGAAAUGUGUUACACUUGAACUCCAGUGUUUUAGGAAUACAGACGUGUCCGAUGCAGGUCAGGGUUACAUGAACUGAUUGCUAACUCAGUUUUUGGGAUUUGAUUCAAAGAACAGAGUGUAAUGCUGCCUGUGUGUAUGCCAACUCAAAAGUUAAUAAAUUGUUAAUCAUCUCGAAUGACUUCUGCGAGAGAUCUUCAUUAAUACAGUGGCUGCGUUUUUAUUGUAUGCUUUACGUUACCUCGGGUAUGUGAAAACAAUCAUUAAGUGUGUGUUUGGAACGUCUGCUGCUUGCAUGUGUUAAUAUGGAACAGGUUAUAAUACACAGAGUUGUAUGUCCGUGUCUUGCUCCACACCGUUCAACCAAGGUAACUGAUUUAAAGUUUACUAUAAAUAGAAAGAGGACAUUUCUGGGUAGUCGCUGGUUGAUGAAAUUCCCCAAAAGGAGAAGUAAAAAAAGGGGGAAAAAAAGGAUUCAUGUGAUGAUUGAAUACAAAGUUGCUCUUUGUUUGCUUUUGCUCAUCUCCAGACUCAUGUUUGCUGCUUUAAUCCACAGGUCUGAUAUGCUUUAAUCCUGAUUUUGUUCUUUCUCUCUCAUUACUAUAAAAAUGUGUAGUGUCCUGCUGUAAAUUUGGAACAACGUUAAGCAUUCAGGAGGACUUUCUGAAAGCGCUGUAUCUCUUGGCCUUUGCUUUAAUUUCCUGUUAUUGCUCUAAACUAUAGCCAGUAUGUGUUGCAUUCACUUGCUCCAUCUGGGCCUCCGCGUCUUUUGUAGCAAGAUGGUUCUUUCAUGUUGGCAGUUUUUCCGCCGUUGUCCCUGUGCAAUUUGAGAGUUAACGAACAACAAACAUGGUUCUAACCCGCAGGAGGUUUUGUCUGUCCUUUUGGUGUUUUAGUCUCAGUAUUAACUGAAGCCUCAGAUCACAGUCAGAGUAGAGCCUGUUGUCUUUGUGUGCUUGCAUAUAAACCCUGAUUAACUUGUCGGUGCCAGUCUGUUGUGUAAGUUGCCAGACACAGAUUAGAGCAGCGCAAGUCCACAUCAAGCAGGUCAAGAGGACGACUACUGUUUAUCAGUACUACCGCUGUGACACAUAACAGAUCUGUGUGCCUGUCAGAUCGUCCUAUAUUUGACUAGAUUACAGGUGCUAAUGUUUUGGCUCAUGACCUGAUGCACAGGGAUCUAUCCAUAGAUCUUCAGUUAUAUAACUGCAACUGUAAUAGCCAGGGUUUCUAAAGUGAAAUUAUUCUAUCAGUUCAUGGUCAGGUGACCGGUAGAGUAACUAUGAUAGCUGCCUCACUGGCAAGUAGUGUCUCUCAGUAUUCAAAAUAUGUCAUCCAAAUAAUCACAUGACCGCUGUCUGCCGUCACUUUUAGCCUUAGAGUGAAGAAAAUGCAGUGAUAUGGAGUAAGUGUCCCCUCAGUCCCCAUCCCACUAUUUGUAUUGUGUACAUAAUGGAGGGGUCGUUUAUAGUUCCGUUAUGCGCUGAGUUAAUAACCACUUACAUGGUGAUGAUGAUAACAGUAACAGGGGGGAAAAAAUAAAUAUUUUUGUAUUUAUUGUACAUUUGUAACCAAAAAGAGCUUCAUAUUUAUUUGCACUGAUGCAGGUUCAACAUGUAAAGUUCUCCUUGUUGUGCUUCAUUAAGUGCUUUGAUCUGGAUGUGUGGACAAAAAAAAUGACUACAGUAGAUCUUCUUUCUCUGCAAAUUAAGUGUCUUCCUUUGCUGACCUAGUUUAUGCUAUAAACAACUAGGGGAGUCACUGUGCCACAUUUGUAAUGUCGUAAACAAAGCCCAAAGUAGAUCACUACCUCUACCUUGUGGAGUGCAUAUUAGCCAUAAACCAUGUUGCAUGCUAUGUACUUUUCCCAGCUGUUUUUUUUCCAAGUUGAACAUUGAACAGUGCAGCACUUUGUAUACUACAUUAAAAAUGAAAAUGACAUUCG